AUGCCACCCCCCACCCCGCCAAAGCCGCCGCAGCAAGUCUGCGACAACUGCCGCUUCCGCAAGAUGAAGUGCGACCGCGGCCUCCCCUGCAGCAACUGCGUCGUGUCGUCCAUCCCGUGCCGAUACCUCCACACGCUGCGGCGCAAGGGGCCCCGGGGCGGCAAGGGCCGGCGGCUGUCGCAGAUCAGGCAGGGCCUGACGGAGCCGGACAGGAAUCACUUUGAGGUCAGCACGCCGGGGAGCGCGCAGCAGAUGCAGUUUGGGGUGCUGGGGGAGCAACAGCAGGCGGCGGCGGCGGCGGCGGCGGCGGCGAGCAGGAGGAGUAGGAAUGGUGGUGGUGCUGCUGCUGGUGGAGGAGCUGCUGGAGGAGGAGGACAAGGAGGAGGACAUGGAGGAGCAUCACAGCAGCAGCAGAAUCCGUUGCUGGCCCUGGCGACGGCGACGGAGCUCGACAGGCAGCGGCUGUCCGUGGCGCUGGCGGCGCACGUCCAGGUCUUCAUGAAGCACCUCUUCCCCAUCAUGCCCGUCGUCAACGACCGGGAGCUGCUGGCCGACUCGCUGCGGCUGGACUCGCUGUCGCCCUCGCGGUACGCCUUCCUGCUGUCGCUCUGCGCGGCGACGCGCAUCCAGCUCAAGCUCGACAACGCCGAGGAGUACGACGAGACGGCGGUGGGCAUCAACACGUCGCUGGACUCGCCGCUCACGGGCGAGGCCCUGCUGGGCGCCGCGGAGCAGGCGAGGCUGCAGUUCAACGUGGUGGACGACUUGAGCCUCGACACGCUGCUCACGUCCUUUUUCCUCUUUGCGGGCUAUGGCAACCUGGAGAAGCAUACGCACGCUUGGUUCUACCUGAACCAGGCCAUUUCCCUGGCCCUGUCGAUUGGGCUGCAUAGCGAGGCUGCGUAUAGCAACCUGGAGGAGAGCGAGCGGGAGAUUCGACGGCGGAUCUUCUGGCUGCUCUUUGUGACGGAGAGGACAUACGCCCUGCAGCACCGCCGGCCGGUGAUGCUGCGCAACACAAUCUCCAAGCCGCAAAUCGUCGACUCGGACUGCCCCAUUGUCAUGCACGACUUUGUCAACCACGUCCGCCUCUUCGAGCUGCUGCCCUGCUCGCUGUACGAGUGGCAGCCGCACACGGACGGGUGCCAGCCGCAGGGCGUCGCGCUGAGCCACGCCAUCAGCAACAAGCUGUCGGCCGUGCAGCCCGCCGAGAGCGUCAUGGAGAGCCAGCGCUUCGACACGCUCGUCACGCAGCAGUGGCUGCGCGUGUCCAUGUGGCGGCUGGCGUUUGGCAGCAAGCCCAGCCUCGUCUACGGGCAGGGGCUGAUGCCCGCCUUGGGGCUGCCCUUCGAGGCGGGCAAGUCGAUUAUGAAGGCCCUGGGGUCUGUGAGCCAGAGCUCCAAGGACUGUCACGGGAUUGCCAUUGAGCAGAAGCUGUUUGACAUUGGAAUGAGCCUCGCCGACGCUUCCAUGUCCGCCUCGCCCGUCCCCUCGUUCGAGUUCGGCCCCCACGACCUGCUCUGCUCCGUCGUAAAGUUCCUCGGCCGCAUCCGCGGCUGCCAGUCCAACCUGCUGCCCAAGCUGCUCAAGCACUCGGAGCUCAUCCUCGGCUUCUCCAGCCCCCUGGUGGCCGGC